AAAAAUGGACUUUGUGAAGCUUUUUACACCCAUAUUCUUCAGAUAUGAAGAACAGAAAUACAUUAAUUGAAGAUAACAUAGAGGGAGGUGGGCCGGAACACCUGCAUGGCGCGGGGCCCUUCCCAGUCUCCUAUUUUCCCCAUUAACAUCACCAAUAUGGCUCGGAAAUGUGUUCUCGCCUGCUUGAAACAACUCCAUCCGCCUAUUGUAUUACCUCAUAACGAGAGGUACAUUGUAGGACGGUCAAGGGACACAAGGAUCAAGUCUAAACGUUGCUCCAAACGGCAAGUUGAGCUGCUGGCAGAUUAUGCUACAUACACUGUCACAGUACGACAAAUUGGACCCAAUGUGACUGGUGUUAAUCACAAAGGUCUACUUUAUGGUAGUACGACCCAGUUGCAGCACGGUGACAUUCUAGAAGUUCUGCUUGGUGAGUACCACCACAGAGUAGAAUUUGAUCCACCUCCUGACAAUACAGACACUAAGAAAAAUUGCCAAACAACUGAUCUAGAAAUGCCACGAAGGAAGGCUGAGAUUGAGCAGAGUUCAGAAAAAAGAAAAAAUUCAGUUGGAGAUGAAAACACAGAAAGACCAAAGAGAGCGAGGACACAAACACAAACAGAAAAAGGUGUGGAAGGCUGGGAGGAAUAUGAUGAUGAAGCAUUACUAGUUUUUAACAAAAAUAUGGAAGGUAGAACGAAGGUUGCUGGUUAUGAUAUUGAUGGUACAAUAAUCACAACACAGUCAGGCAGAGUGUUUCCUACGGACUACAAUGACUGGAAAAUUCUUUUAAGUGAUGUUCCAGGCAAAUUAAAACAGUUGUAUCAAGAUGGUUACAAAAUAGUUUUCUUCACCAAUCAAGCCGGUAUUGCUACUGGAAAACACACAGUUGCAGGAGUGCAGAAUAAGAUUAGCAAUAUCAUUAAUAAAUUAGGGGUACCUGUCCAGGUAUUCGUGUCCACUGGUAAGAGCAAAUACCGGAAACCAGCCAUAGGCAUGUGGAAUUUCUUCAAGAAUAAUGCAAAUGGAGGAGUGGACGUGGACAUAAAUGAAAGCAUGUACAUAGGUGAUGCUGCUGGUAGACCUGCACAAGGGUCAAAGAAAAAAGAUUUCUCUUAUUCAGAUCGUCUGUUUGCUCUUAACAUUGGCAUAAAAUUUUUCACACCGGAGGAGCACUUCUUAGGUGCCAAAACUCAGACAUUUAAUAUGCCUGACUUUGAUCCUCGUGCUGUGGAUGACUCAUUGCCAUUAUUUGAUCCACCAUCUACUAAAGUUCCUAAGCAUAAAAUUGAGGUUGUCAUAAUGGUUGGAUAUCCUGGCUGUGGCAAAAGUUUCCUGACAUCAACACAUUUUGCUGCUCUAGGAUAUGUUCAAGCCAAUCGUGACAGUUUAGGAUCUUGGCAAAAAUGCCUUUCUGUCAUGGAAAAAUCUCUGCAGGAUGGGAAUCAUGUGGUAAUUGACAACACCAACCCAGAUGCUGAAUCUCGCAAGCGAUAUAUUGACUCUGCUAAAAAGAUGAACAUACCAGUGAGAUGCUUUGUCUUUAAUACAUCCAAAGAUCACAGCAGGCAUAAUAACAAGUUCCGGGAAUUUUUGGGAGCAGACCACAGCAAAGUGAACGACAUGAUCUACAACAUGUACAAAUCAAAGUUUCAAGAACCAACUCUGAAAGAAGGUUUCGAUGAUAUCGUGAGAGUUAACUUUGUUCCGAAGUUUAGGACAUCUAAAGAAAAGGAGUUAUAUAAGAUGUUUUUAUUGGAAAAAUAACUACAUAUAUACUGCCAGAACAAACAGAUGGCUCACAUGCUUUUUUGACCCAAUUGUUUUCAUAUGGAUUGAGCAAAUUUAUUAUAUGAAUAUAUGCAGUUUGACUCCCAUUAGCUGUAAAAAAAGAUGACUUCUGAUAAUGGAAGACAUAAGGAUUCCAAAGCCAAGCAAUAGGCCAUCUUGUAUGCAGCAUUUGCAGUAUUUGUGCCUCUUCACAAUAAUGCACACGUGUGUUGUAUUCAAUAAAGACCAAGUCACCUUAAAUAAGUUACAAAUAUGAAAA